AUGUUAUCUGGAAAAAGAAAAAACUGGAUUAUCGAUUUAUCAGUAUUUAUUCUCAUUCUUAUUGGUAUAUUUAUAUUUAUAGGAAAUCUUGUUGUUAUUUUAAAACAUAGACAAUAUUCGUCUGAUAUGAAUAGUAUUCAAUCAAAUUUUAAUAUUAAUAAAAAGAAUAUUUUAUCAGAUAAUUAUAAGUUAUCUCCGACUGAUUUACAAUCUUUAGUAACGACCGUCAAAUGUGUCGGUCCUCGAUAUAAUCAAUCAUGUCUUUACAAAAAUCUUUAUUAUACAAAUCAGAAAUUUUGGGCUUUAUCAUUAAAAAAAACAAAUUUAUCAUUACCAGGUGUUCGACUUGAAGCAUUAGCUACAACAGAUUUUCGACCAAAUCAUCGUGUAUUUGAUACAUAUGAACAAUUAUAUAAAUUUGUUCGUUUUACUAUUGAUCCAAUCGUUUUUCCAGGAGUGACAAUUCAUUUUAAUCAACGUUGGCAUAAAAAUAUUGGUCAUGCACUUUUUGAUGGACUUUAUCCAGCUUACAUUGCAUUGAUUCGUUUUCCUCCUAGACAUCUUCAACCAUUUCGUAUCUUUGUUGGAUUAGAUUAUGUAAAUUGUGAUAGUUGUUUUAGUGAAGAUGUCUAUAGUCGAUUUGCUGGAGGUGGAUUUAUCAAAUCGAAUAUAAUCGAUUCAAUUAUGCCAAAUCGAUGGUUUAUAUUUGAAGAAUUAAUAAUGGGUAGUGGUAUGAUGUGUCAACGAUGUAUUCAAUCAAAUUAUCAAUUAGCAGGAGGUGUUGAACUCGAUGGAUCGAAACUUUUUCGAGAUCGAAUGUAUAAACAACAUGGAAUUAUUCCUGUUGAGAUUCGACAAAAACAUUCAGCAGAAAAACGUUCAUUAAAUAAACCUUUACAUGCUUAUAUCAUUCAUAAUAAACGUUUUACAAAAAAAGAACGAGAAGAAAUUCGAAAUGCAAUGAAUCAAAUUAAUAAUUAUACGAAUUUGCACAUAAAUAAAACUCUAGAUGAAAUUAAAAAAUUACCAUAUCCACUUAUUCGAGUAUUUUAUAUUAAUUAUCGAAAUAUAAAAGCAAAAAUAAAUAUUUCUUCUAAAAUAAAAUCAACACCUAGUGAUUCUCGAUUAUCAACAUAUGAUUUAUUAGACAAUGAUUUUAUUGCUCAAUUACGAAUAUUACGUGAUAUGGAUAUUCAUAUAACAGGACCUGGUACAGGUCAAAUGUAUCAAACAUUUCUUUCUGAUGGUUCAGUAAAUAUUAAUCUUGGAGGAAUGAAUCCAUAUAGAAAAGAAACUACUCCUAUUGCUUAUCCAUCAUUUCUUGAACAAUAUGUUACAGCUGGAAUUCCAUAUAUAAAAGGUCUUUAUUAUCCAAUUAAUAAAAGACGAGAUGGUAUUCAACAAGAUGAACUUAUCAAGUUAAUAAAACAAGCAGCACAAAUUAUU